AACUUCAUGACGUGGCAAUGUGUUCCGAGUGAUGCUUGAAGAAAAAACAAACAAAAUUGGAAAGCAGUUGAGUAUUAUAUUCUGUAUUUAAUUUUCAUUAUUUUUGUAUAUUCUAUAUCCAUACAUACGAGUAGGUAGGUACUAGAUUAUAAAUUAAAUUGUAUUUUCUUUUUGUGAUUUAAAAAAAAAACAGUUUUCGUAAAUGCGUACCUAGUUUAGGGUUUGCUACACGUUCUCAUUGCUAAAACAAAAACUACGAUUAUGUAUUUAAAAUUUUCGUCUGUUUUGGCUAAUCUCUGGACCAGUUGAACCGAUUUCUACUGGAAGAUAGUGGAGAUUAUUGAGCAAUAAAUUAUUAUUGAUCACUUUUUUAUCCCGGAAUAAUCUAUGCUUUCUGCGGGUUUUGUGAAUAGGGUUUUAUUUUAUAGCAUAGGCGAAUUAGUUGGCUCUUGAAUCAUCUUUUUGUGGCGAUGAGUCCACUGGCGCUGGCUCUGCUGUGUCUGCAGCUGGCGCGCGGCGACGGCGCGUGGGCGCCGCUGGAGGGCCUGCCGCUGGUCAGCGCGCACCCCUGCCGGCACUCGCGCGCCGUCGCGCUGUGGCUGGAGCCCGGCCUGCCGCCCGCCCGCACCGACCGCUACUACGUGCACGUCGACACGCACAUACCCGCGAACAGUGUCAUGAAUGUGACGUUCGACUCCGCAGUUGACAUCAUCCUCACCAUCCGGUCGAACGAGACGUUUUCAAGAGGUUCUUUGACUGAUGGCGACAGCUUCGCGCUUCGCUUCGACAGUGAAAUGGCGGGCCUGAGCUUCAUAGUGGAGGGCUCUACUCCGGGACUGACUCCUAACCUGACAGGCCUGUCAAUCAAUGACCAGCAAUACUGUGAAGAACCUGAUGUGGGAUAUCUCCGUAAGUACCAGGCAAAGGAGGCGCUGAGAAAUAACGAAUAUCCUUGGAAAGCCGUGAUCCGAAAAUCCAACACCAAUUGUGGAAGACCACACUUAAGUAGCACACCUGCGAUAGAGAACGGUCCCGCGCAGCCCGGCGCCUGGCCGUGGCAUGCGGCUCUGUAUAGUUUGAGAAACUAUGCGACCAAAUACAUAUGCGGUGGCACGCUCAUUUCUAAAAACUUUGUUUUAACAGCUGCGCACUGCGUUUAUAACUGGACUACAGGCAUGGCUUUUCCAGCAAUAACUUUGACAGUGGGUCUAGGACAACAUGUUUUGAAUGAAAACAGUAGCCAUUCUCAAGUCAAGAAGGUUGAGAGAGUGAUUAUUCACGAGCGUUAUAACAACAUAAAACUAUUUAACAACAUAGCAUUGCUGAAGUUAUCGUCGGCGGUGUCAGUCACGAACUUCGUGCAGCCCGCGUGUCUGCGGCGCGGGGGAGAGCUCUCCGCGCCCACCGCGUCCGACGUAGGAGUUGUACCGGGCUGGGGCUUGGGCAACGACGACACUUUGUCCGGCUCCCUACAGCAAGUGCUGCUGCCCAUAGUCUCGGCAGAGACCUGCGUCAGCAGCCAACCGCCCUAUUCUUCCUACAAUUUAGACCGGAACGGCUUCUGCGCAGGAUAUCAUAAUAACGGAACGGGAGUUUGCAACGGAGACAGCGGAGGGGGUCUCGUGGUUAACAUUCCCAACGAGAAAGAGUCAGGCAGCGGGACGGUGUCAGGGUCCUGGUAUGUCAGGGGCAUCGUAUCUCAUUCUGUGUCAGUUGAUGACACUCAGAUAUGCGACGCGAACUAUUAUAGCGUGUAUAUGGACGUGUACAAAUAUAUGAAGUGGAUUGAUGACCAAAUUUGGAACGAUACCGGACGAGAAGUUCUGGCUACAUAGUUCCAAAUAUAUUUAAUAGCGUUAAAUUGCAUUAAUAGAAGAAAGGCAAUUAAUCAAGGAGCUCUUGGGAAGGAAAACUGUAUAAAUUUUUACGUGGGGAAUCACUUUAUUUUGAUUUAUUUAUUUAUUAAUUCGAUUUUUAAUAAAUAAUUAUAAAUUGACUUAAUUAAUGGCUUUUCAAUCUAAUUACCUAUGUCUGUAAACAUGACAAUGCCAGUUUUUCAUUUCCCUUCCCAUAUAAGCUUGCGUGUACGUCAUUAAGCAUGUUGUAUGUUAAAUAAAUGUUUAGUAGAGGAGUCAGAAAUAAAGAAAAAUAAAGAAAUAAACUUUGACGGCCUCCGUGGAGCAGUGGUAUGCGCGGUGGAUUUACAAAACGGAGGUCCUGGAUUCGAUCCCCGGCUGGGCUGAUUGAAAUUUUCUUAAGUGGUCCAGGUCUGGCUGGUGGGAGGCUUCGGCCGUGGCUAGUUACCACUCUCCUGACAAAGACGUACCGCCAAGCGAUUUAGCGUCCCGGUACGAUGUCAUCUAGAAACCGAAAAGGGGUGUGGAUUUUCAUCCUCCUCCUGACAAGUUAGCCCGCUUCCAUCUUAGACUAUAUCAUCACUUACCAUCAGGUGAGAUUGUAGUCAAGGGCUAACUUUUAAAGAAUAAAAAAAAAAUAAAAAAUAAAGAAAAAAAAACAAAUACAUCAAAUACCUAGCUAAACCAAGUGAACUCAGUAGCAAACGCAAACCAGUUCUAUGAUAUGCCGGUCAUUAUCACUCAGGCCAGCUUCUGUUUAUGUUUUGAUGUUCGUAGUUUUGUUUCGUAUUCACAAGAAACCGGUCGUGUUAUACUUAGUUCAAAAUGGCGAAUAAGGAAAAUAGACAAGUGAAUUGAGUAGCCACUUUAUUGAUCAAUAACUUGUACUCGUGUAUUAUUCGAAUAUUUUUUUAAAUAAUCUCAGUUAACGCGUCGCUUGUGCAAGCUCUGUUUCAGUUUGUAUAUACAGUAUUAUUUUCUUCAGAUAAAUUAUUCGUUCAGUCAGUCAGUUAGGGAUCAGCCAUCAG